UUGUAAAGUAAUAUUAAAAACAAGGUCAAAGAACCAUUGAUAGCCCUGCAAGCUCAAGUUGGAGAAGUAGUUAAAAACAUUUAUUGCUUUGUUAGAUUUGUUAUCUCCUUUUAUUGGUUAUAAAAUGUGUAAAUAAGCUUAAGUAGAGUAUUUCUCUUGAUUACAUAAACUUUCCUCUUUCCCUUUCACUUUCCCUUUCCCUUUCCCUUUCCCAACGUAACUAUGGGUGAUGAAAUUAAGCAAACACCAACAGCUUCCGUAAAACUCAAGUAUGUAAAGCUUGGGUACCAUUAUCUCAUCUCGAACGCCUUAUAUGUCGUUGUCAUAACACUUAUAGCCAUCUUAUCUACAUCCCCGGUUCCAGCCUUGGUUGCUUUCUCCGACUUGGGUCGGGUUUGGGAUCUAUUGAAACACAACCUUUUCGCUAUUGUGUCGUGUUUAACUCUAUUAUUCUUUUUGGGUACGGUCCACUUCAAGAGCCGUCCUAAGGCGGUUUACUUAGUCGAUUUUGCGUGUUGUAAACCUGAUGCUUCACGUAAAACCACUAAGCUGACGUGCAUGGAGAGAAUUUCUAAAUAUGGUACGUUCACUUAUCAGAAUAUUGAGUUUCAAAGGAAGAUUUUUGAGAGGUCUGGGGUUGGAGACGAUACGUACUUACCAGAUUCGGUAAUUACAAUUCCUCCAAACCCGUCGUUAGGGGAGGCCAGAAAGGAAACGGAGAAGCUCAUGUUUGAUGCCAUUGAUGACCUAAUAGCGAAAACGGGGAUCACGACUACGGAAAUAGCCAUUGUUGUUGUUAAUUGUAGUGUGUUUACUCCUUUACCUUCGCUUUCGGCAAUGAUCGUUAAUCAUUACAAGCUUAGAGCCAACGUUAUAACGUAUAAUCUUGGUGGAAUGGGGUGCAGUGCUGGUUUAAUUUCCAUGGAUCUUGCUAAAGAUCUUUUAAAGGUGCAUCCUGAUUCGUAUGCGUUGGUGGUGAGUAUGGAGAGCAUAACACAAAAUUGGUAUUGUGGUAACAAUCGGUCAAUGCUCAUCCCAAAUUGCCUUUUCCGAAUGGGUAGUGCAGCGAUCCUCUUGUCCAACAAAGGUAGUGACCGGCAUCGAUCAAAGUACCGACUUAUCCACGUUGUCCGCACACACAAAGGUGCAGACGACAACGGCUAUAAAUGCGCAUACCAGCAAGAAGAUGAACAAGGAUACCGUGGUGUAGCCCUGUCUAAGGACCUAAUGGCUGUGGCAGGGGAAGCUUUAAAGACAAAUAUUACCACCCUAGGACCAUUAGUUCUCCCUUUAUCGGAACAACUUCUAUUUUUGGCCACAUUGGUUGCCAAAAAGGUGUUACGCUUUCACAAGAUAAAACCGUACAUACCAGAUUUCAAGCUUGCUUUCGACCAUUUCUGCAUUCAUGCUGGAGGCAGAGCAGUAUUAGAUGAACUUGAGAAGAAUCUCCAGCUUUCUCCAACACAUAUGGAGCCGUCUAGGAUGACUCUUUACAGGUUUGGUAAUACGUCUAGUAGUUCAUUGUGGUACGAGCUUGCCUAUAUCGAGGCUAAGGGAAGAAUUCGAAAGGGCCACCGGAUUUGGCAGAUUGGUUUCGGUUCAGGUUUUAAGUGCAAUAGCGCCAUUUGGUACGCGUUGCGUAGCAUUGAUGCUACUAAGGAAAAUAACCCUUGGAGUGACGAGAUUCAUCGAUUUCCAGUUCAUGUACCUCGAGUAGAAGCUGUUGGUAUGUGAAACAAGGGUCAUCAUUCUAAAACUUCCUAGAAAUACACUUGUUCUUUUUAAUCACUUUCUGUAACUUUUUUUAAUGCUUCUUAAAUUUGGUGUUUUUUUUUUUAUGAUUUCGUUGAAUGCAACAUAAAAAAUAGUUCACGGGACCAAAUGGAUUCAUAGAGUCCCGUAAAUUGAAUGGAAAUUAAUUUAGUAUUUUCGUUUAUUAUUUUGUAAACAUUACUGGAAUAAAUUUAAGUUAUCCAGUUUCAACUCUA